UGUUCCAUCCGCCUCGUGAAGUUUCCAGAAAAUUAUUAUCCGAGAUUCGUUGAAUGAUUUUGCACCUCGCACGAUUGCCAGAAACGCUGACACACUUUUAUUGAACGAUUCGCGUUUGUAAACUUCGAAGGAUCCAUCUUCUGUUGAUUGUCUCGGGAGAUCGAAAGAAAACAAGACGUUUCGCUGAUCUUCAGAGUAAAGCGAGAGCGUUCGAGGAGUUCUGUUGGUUAUUCGGAGCAAGACCAGUUGAUUCGAUUGAGGGAUAAUGGCCAAGUGGGGGGAGGGAGAUCCACGCUGGAUUGUCGAGGAGAGGCCUGAUGCCACUAAUGUCAAUAAUUGGCACUGGACGGAGAAGAAUGCCUGCGCCUGGUCCCAGGAGAAGAUCAAGGAGUUGUUCAAGGACUUUAAAAUAGAGGGAGACAAAGUUAGUGUAACUAUAACCGAUAUAGAAACCUGCGAGGGCGAGGCAGUAGUAAAUAACAGAAAAGGAAAGUUGAUAUUUUUUUACGAAUGGAAUUUGGUCCUGAAGUGGGUGUCCAUGGAGGACAAGGAAAUCGAGGGAAAGAUCAACAUUCCGAAUCUUUCUGAGGAGAAUGACAUCUCGGAAGUCGACAUCGAGAUUACUUUGAAAAAUAGUAAUGACGAGGGUGAGAACGUGAAACAUUUCUUGCAUACUAAGGGAAAGGAAUUCAUUCGAGAACGACUAAAAGCGUAUGUGACAGCCUUGAAGCAAGAAUUUACCAAGGGUAUGAUUCUCCCUAAGAAAGACGAGAAUCAGGCAAUAACAAAGAACUGCAAGACCGCAAUCAACGUAAAAGCACAAAUGAAUACCACUAUAGUAUCAAAUAACAAAACCCCCGGAUACAAGAUCUCCACAACCACUGUCAAGCAGCAGCAGAAGUUCCAGUGUAGAGCUCAGGAGUUUUUCAACAUUUUUACUACUAUAGAGAUGGUCCAAGCCUUCACGAAAGGACCUGUAAGACUAGAGCCAAAGAAAGAGGGGAAAUUCGAACUCUUCGGUGGAAAUGUCCACGGGGAAUUCGUCGACUUGUCACCAACUAAAAUUGUACAAAAGUGGAGGUGCAAACACUGGCCGGAGGGACAUUUUAGCGAAGUUAUACUCGAUAUUAGCGAAAAAUCUGAUCAUACUGAAGUCGAUCUCACUCAGACUGGGGUUCCAGCCGGUGAUGAAGAGUCAACGAAAGAAAACUGGGACAGAUACUACUGGGACGCCAUAAAACGAACCUUCGGCUUCGCUUACUUCAUGUGAUCUAAAUUCUCUCUACACCGUAUUUAUUUAUUGAUAAGUAGCACGAUGGGAUAACUCCAAACGAGAAACAACCGCAAAAUUGACUCAAACAAAACUGAUUGGCGGAACAGAAAAAGAACCAUAUGUCUUCAACUCUGUAAAUGAGUGGUGAAACCUAACAUUUCCAUUCUUGACAAUUGCCCACAUGAAUGCCGCAUUUAUCUCGAGAACGAGUGGUGUUACGAAAAAAUGUCUCAAGACAAUCUAUUUAGAGAAUUGAAUUUCCAACAAAAAAUGUCUUGUGAGAUUUUUCUCUAAAUGCACUUAUUGCGAAGAUAAGUGCGUUUUUCAUAAGAUGUGCGAAGUCGAAUUUUCGGUUCUGUUUGGUUCUGUUACGUUUCACCACUGUACCUAUGCAGGAACCAUUGCUUUAUCGAUUAAUCAUGCUGGAUUGAUGAUAAUUGGGUAUAGCUAAUUGUGGAAUUCGAGUAAUGCUGAUCACAAUCAGGCUUGGCGGAGAAUUGUAUACAUGAUUUUAGUUUUAAUUGUCAUGAAUAAAUGAUGAUCAAUCCUAA